AUGAAGCGCCAAAUUCAAGGUUCUCGACCACAAACGUAUUUUCUCCCGAAGCUGCACACGUACAAGGACAUGCCUUGGGAUAGCCCGUAUCGCUUGCCAACCCGCGAAACAGAGACACGAGGAACGACCCAAGAAAUAUCUCUGCGGCAAGUGGUUCACUUUAAGCCCACAGCCACUGGUGGCAGGAUAGUGCGAGACUGCCAGUGCUGGUGUGACGAGAUCCGCUACCGAGAGGAUGCUGGAGCUGGUGGCAUACCACCGCUCCACGAAAACCUCUUGCUGAACACGUACUCGGCCGUCGAACGGAGCCUUGUCUGCGUCGCCCAUUAUGUAAUGGACGUUUGGUCGCUUGUCAAUCACUUUGGCAUCGAUGGCGUCAAGGGCUACGCAAGCGUGAAUGCAUCGUGCUCAUCCUCUCGUCCGUUAUACGCAGCGGCAACUACGGGAGACGACAGUUCUAUGUAG